GUUCCACAAUAACAAUGCAGCCGGUCAAUUAAUCCUUUGAUACCCUUUCCUUACCAAUUUUCCAAACGGCUUCUAUAGUAAAUUUAGCUUGAUCCUUCAAAAAUGUUCUCAGGUCUAAAUUCAUGCCUAUCUGCUGAGUAUACGUGGUCAAUGCUUCGGUGCAUGUUGCCACAUAUUGUCUCUGCCGGAUAUCCGAAUAAGCGCAGGGCUGACGGAGGCCAUGUGGGUACGCGCCGGCAGACGGCAUCAAGUUUCAAAUCUGACAACAGCAAUCAUUUCGUUCUUUCUACUUUCUAGACCGCUUUAGAACCCUCGGGACGGACUGAUUGCUUGUCAACUGCAAAAAUGGAGGAGCAUAUCACCUUCUCUGUAUUGCGGGCCGAUACUUUCCCCCAGCAUAUUCCGCGGGCCGAUGAUAGGAGCGGUCUCACUUAUAACGACAAGUAUGUAGUUCACUACGACUUCGGUGAAGUGGAUGAGGAUACUGCGAUUAUGGAGGUCCAACGUCUAUGUGCAGAUAUUGAAGGUGCAGGUUUACAGUGUGAAGUCCGCGCUGGCGAAGAUCGCUCCCUUCUCAUCUUCGUCCGAGCACCACCUGAACUUCUGAAUAUAGAGAUACACAAAUCAAGGGUGAAGGAUUGGCUGUACGGCAUCACGAAAACCCAGCCACAAGUAGACAAGAGAAGCAAAAGCCAGCUUGUCAAGGAUGCAUUCGAAGCAGAGAGCAUUCUUUCCGUGUAUCAUCUGGUCAACUGGUCCAAGGAGAACGGUGGUGCAGGCAUCAUACCUGGCUUUGGUAAAUGGGAGAACGUCAAAUCAAUAUUCCCGAUUCAUAACGAACCCGCCAAUCGCAAGCUUCUUAAACACCUGAGCAAGAAAAUACUCCUUUCCAAGGAUGAUCUAGACCAAAUACGCGAUUUGUUUGGCUCUUCGGUUGCUUUCUAUUUUGCGUACAUGCAAACUUACUUCCUGUUCCUGGCAUUCCCAGCCACGACUGGCAUCCUGGCAUGGGCGUUUCUUCCGAAGUAUUCUCUCGUAUACGCAAUCCUCACCCUUUUUGGCUGUACGGUAUUCCUGGAAUACUGGAAGAUCCAAGAAGCUGAUCUGAGCAUCCGAUGGAACGUGAAAGGUGUUGCAUCUCUAAAGACGAAUAGACCGAAUUUCAUCUAUGACAAAAUCGUUGUCGAUCAUUCAGGGAGGACAAGUCACUACUAUCCAAAAUGGAAGUCUAUUGCUCGACAGUCACUCCAGAUACCGUUCUUGGCAUUUUGUCUGCUGACUUUGGGUGCUCUUAUUACCAUGGUCUUUGCAAUCGAGGUCCUGAUAUCCGAAGUCUACCAGGGGCCAUACCAGCAGUACUUGGAAUACCUGCCAACCCUCCUUCUCGCUGCAGGCUUACCCUACAUGAACUCUCUGCUCGAGGACGCCGCCACGGGUCUCGCCGAGUUUGAGAAUCAUCGUACGCAGGACUAUUUCACAAUGUCUCUCACCCAGAAACUCUUUGUACUGAGCUUCAUCGUCAACUAUCUCCCCAUUCUCCUUACCGCAUUUGUUUACAUACCGCUGGGCAACCAGAUCGUGCCAUGGCUGGGUGCAUUCCUCCCCAACACAUUGGGCAAACCGCUCGACCACCAUUUCUUCCAACGUGACCCUGACCGGCUACGGAACGAGGUCAUAGCCCUGACGCUCACAGGCCAGCUGUCCGACAUGUUCGAGGAGAUGGUCGUCCCCUACGUGAUGCACCGGCUCAAGUCCUGGUAUCACGCUUACAAAGCAUCUCGAUCUCACUUCUCGAGUCUCGACGGCGACGACCCUUCCGAAAAGGCGUUCCUCCGCAGCGUGCGCCGCCAGGCGAGCCUGCCGUCAUACAACGUGCAGGACGACAUCUCCGAGAUGGUGAUCCAGUUCGGAUACCUAGCCCUCUUCUCCCCGGUGUGGCCGCUCGUCUCCGUGGGCUUCCUCGUCAACAACUGGAUCGAGCUGCGCUCCGACUUCCUCAAGAUCUGCAUCGAGCACCAGCGACCCCACCCCGUGAGAACCGACGGCAUCGGCCCCUGGAUACACUCCCUCGACACGCUCACCUGGCUGGGCAGCAUAUGUACCGCAGCCGUGGUGCACAUGUUCGGCACCCAGGCCGGGGCCAGCAGCACGGUGCUCGGGAAGGCCCUCGGCGGCGUGCAAUGGUGGAGUCUCCCGAUCACCAUCUUCGUCAGCGAGCACAUCUUCCUCGUCCUGAGGGCGCUGAUCCGCUUCGCCCUGCAGAGGGUCGGGUCCGAGGAGGUGCGCAAGGAGCGCCACGAGCGCUAUGCGCGGAGGAAGAAGUACAUGGACGAGCUCGAGGCCGCCAACAGGGCCAACGAGAUGCUCGACGUUGGUGCCGUGCAGCGCCGCAAGUCGGUCCGCCUGGCGGACGUGGAUGUCUUCUGGACAAAGCAGGUCGAGAAGGGCUCUAGCACCGAGGCUGGUAUUGGGCUUAUCAGGACUCUUGGGCGGAACGAGAAGACGAAGCCCGUGGACAAGAAGGAUUGACUAGCGUUGCACCAACUGUAUCAACUCGUUUAGCCACACUCACUUAUAGAUUCCCAUUAUGUAACAUCAUCCAUAUUCUUUUUUACGUUCAUAAUUCUUUUCACAAUUACAUCUUCCAUUGAGGAUAUGGGCUAUCCGGUGUGUUUUAUAUGCAAACAGAACGUUUGCAGAAGCCCAUGUUGAACGGUAUCAAGUCAGCAGGUCUUGCGAUUAGGUAUCGAAAUAAAGUAUUGAAACGUUCGGGUGGGUAAGCACGUG